CAACGACUUCGCCGGAAAUACAGGCAUGGGUCAAAGUUAAAACGCUUACCAUGCACGAUGUGAAGAACCAAAGCGUGCAAACUGAUGUGGCCAAGUAUAUUCAAUUCGUUAUACUUUCUGUUAUUUUAGUUGUUGUGUUUGUGUUAACGUCGGAAUAUGUCUCCAAAGAAGAAGCAUGGGUCAAGUGAUCAAUUGACCCAUUUGAUCUAUCGACAUUUGAAGGAAAACGGCUUCCAGAAAGCUGCAGAAGAACUCAGAAAGCAUGUGAAGGGCGGAGAACCAGAAGCCUUGUCAACUUCACUACUGGACAUCUACAAUAAAUGGUUUGGAGAUGCUUCCAGGAGUACAAAGACUGGAACAGAACCGGAUUCUUCUGAGUUAAAAAAUAACCGUCAAGCAGACCCUGAAAGCAGCACAGAGAGCUCGAGUUCAGCAGAGGAAGAAACAACACCUGUUAAAGCCUCCCAGACCCCAAAGCCUCAGACCUCAGCUAAGGCCAGCCCAACUAAGGCCAAGACUGCAGUGCAGACGACUCUUGGAGGGAAGUGGACAGUAGUGGAGGAGAUCUCUGGGACAGACAGCUCAGAGGACUCUGAGAGUGAGGAGACAACGCCACAAAACAGCCCUGCUACGCCCAAAGCCAAUCAUGUUCCAGCUGCAAAGAUCAAGGCCGUGUCAGAGGUCACACCAUCGACCCCAACCAAGGCCAAGUUAACAACCACUUCCACGCCUAAAUCUGGGGCCUCCAGCAAUACCACUGAUACGUCAUCAGACAGGAAAGAGGCAACAACAGUGAAAACACCCUUGACGCCAGCACCAGUGACGCCAACCAGUAAAGCAACAUCAACAGCCAAGACGAAAGCUACUCCAACUAAAGCAGUGGUUGUUGCUACUCCAAGCAAGGCCAAGGCAACAACAACUGCCACACCUACAUCUACAGCAUCCGACUCAUCCAGUUGCAGCAGUGAAUCAUCAGAUAGCGAUGAGGAGAGUCCCGCGGUGAAAACACCCACAACACCAAAAGCAACACCUGCAAAACCGGUAACACCAAUUAGUAAAAUAACAUCAACGGCCAAGCCAACAACCAAGUCGAAGACUACAGCGCCAGAGGCUUCCAGUGACAGCUGUGAUUCAUCAUCAGAAAUUGAAGAGGAAGGUCCAACAGUGAAAACACAGACAGCGCCAGUGAAGACACAGACAGCAACACCAACAGCCAAGAUGAAAGCCACCCCAGUUAAACCAGUGGUUGCUGCUACCCCAAAUAAGACCUCGGCUAGUAAGGAGUCCAGUGAUAGCAUUGAUUCGUCAUCAGGCAGCAACGGGGAGAGUCCAGCAACAACAACAGCUGCCACUCUGAAAGCUACACCAGUGGUGCAACAGAAAGCAACAUCAACAGCCAAGACGAAAGCUACUCCAACUAAAGCAGUGGUUGUUGCUACUCCAAGCAAGGCCAAGGCAACAAUAACUGCCACACCUACAUCUACAGCAUCCGACUCAUCCAGUUGCAGCAGUGAAUCGUCAGAUAGCGAUGAGGAAGGUCCAACAGUGAAAACACAGACAGCAACAUCAACAGCCAAGACGAAAGCCCCUCCGGGUACCCCAGUUAAACCAGUGGUCGCUGCCACUCCAAGCAAGACCCCAGCUAGUAAGGAGUCCAGUGACAGCAUUGAUUUGUCAUCAGACAGCGAAGAGGACAGUCCAGCAACGGAAGCAGCCACAACACCGGCGAAACCCGCUAAAAACGCUACCCCGGCUAGAGCAGCGACUGUUGCCCCUCCAUGCAAGGCCACGGCAACAGCCAAGACUAUAACAGCAGAGUCAUCUAGUGACAGCGGUGAUUUGUCAGACAGUGAAGAACAGGUUCCAUCGGUGACAACCGCUGCAACACCGACAGCUACAACGGGGAAGCAAACAAAACCAACAUCAACAGCCAGGAGGAAAGCCCCUCCGGCUACCCCACUUAAACCAGUGGCUGCUGCCACUCUAAGCAAAACUCCAGCUAGUAAGGAGUCCAGUGACAGCAUUGAUUCGUCAUCAGACAGUGAAGAAGAGGGUCCGGCACCGAAAACAGCCGUGACAACAGCCCCUCCUGCUAACCCAGCUAAAGCAGCGUCUGUUGCCACUCCAAGCAAGCCUAAGGCAACAGCCACUGUCACCGCCAAGACUACAAAACCAGGGUCAUCUAGUGACAGCAGUGUUUCAGCAACAACAACGGCUGCAACACCGAAAGAUACACCAGUGAAGCAAUCAAAACCAACAUCAACAGCAAGGACGAAAGCCCCUCCGAGUACUCCAGUUAAACCAAUGGUCGCUGCCACUCCAAGCAAGACCCCAGCUAGUAAGGAGUCCAGUGACAGCAGUGAUUCAUCAUCAGACAGCGAAGAGGACAGUCCAGCAACGACAACAACCUCAAAACCACAAACUACACCAGUGACGCCAGCGAAACAAGCGAAACUGAAAGCAACAUCAAAAGCGAAGACAAAAGCUACUCCUGCUACUCCAGCUAAGCCCGUGGUUGCUGCUACCCCAAGCAAGGCCCAGGCAACACCCACUGUCACACCUACAAGUACAGCACCAGAGUCAUCCAAUGACAGCACUGACUCACCAUCAGACAUCCCAGAUGAAGCCCCAGCAAAGCAUGCUGAGGUUCAACUUAAGACCCCUGCUUCAGCUAAGAAGGCCCAGAGUGGGGGAAAGGGAAAUAAAUCUGCUUCUAAGGACCUGCUCCUACUGCUGAACAGUCUUACUUCACCCACAUCGAGUGUCCGUAGUGGAGACUCCUCCGUUGAGGAAACUCCAGCUGUUACAGCAACACCUGCUGUUGCUCCAGCCACAAAUAAAGGAAAGAAGGUGGCUGCAAAAGACAAGAAAGCAACCUCAUCGAAGAAAGCACAAGCCUCGGCUCCAUCAGCCAAGAGGAAAAGAGGUGAAGACAAACCAGGGGACACACCCGUUAAAGGCAAAAAGAAGAAGCCCUCCCCUGAGACUGUCAUGGCUGCCCUGCCUCUGACCGUUCUUGGUCCUCCUCCUACAGGGGGAGACGACUCUGGCUCGGACUCUGACUCCGAUCUGGACGUGGAGAAGUGGAAGAGACUGGCACUGGAACUAUCAGACACAAACAUCGCCAAAAUGGACGCCAUCACUGCGCUGAACGCUCCACCUGCUCCUGCCUCAGCAGCAAAGAAAACAAGAGCGCCGACGAAGCCCAGGGCUAGAGCUGCAUCGAAGACACCUAAACCCAAGGCUGGCGCUGCAGUGGAAAGGUCUAGUGCUGCUGAAAAAGUCAAGACUACAGCUGAAAAGGAAGAUGGGAAUGGGAAGACCAAGACAUCUGCAAAAGCCAGUAAAGCCAAGUCCAGUCAGGCUAAGAAGGCAGCACCUCCCACCCCAUCAGUCAAAGACAAACAGCCACCCACCAUGCCUGCUACCCCAACACCUAAUGAAAAACCGUCAGCCAGGAAGAGGAAGAGGAAAAAUAGGAACAAUGAGACUAAAGCAGAUGACAAUUCACCACAACCUCAAAAGAAGAAAAGGGAAACCGGCGAAGAGAAGACGGAUGAAAAGAAAAAUGAGACUGUAGAAGAGAAGGAACCAGGGAAGGAAAAGAAGAGGACGACUAAGGAGAAUGGUGCAAAAAAGGAGAAGGGAACGAAGAAGAAACAGGAGGAGAUAAGAAAGGAGAAUGAGACUAAGAUGGAACUGGAAAAGGAUAAGAAAACAAAUGAGAACUGUGUUGACAAGGAACCACUACCUCCAUCCACCACAGUAACACCUGAUUCUCCAACAGAGAAGAAAAAGAUUAAAAAGCUGAAACUCUCAAAGACUGCAGUGUCUGAGAUGCCAGCCACACCUGCCCAAGACUCCAUCCCUGUACAGCACCCUCCAGCACCCACAGAGACCCCACCUAAAAAGAAAAAGAAAUCAUCUAAGAGUAAGUAAGGCCUUUAGAGAUGAAGACCAUCUAAAAGGGGCCUCUCAAGUGUGGACCUGGACCCAUUCUACCUAAAUGGCAGUGCAGCAACAACGGGUAAAGACUGUCUGUCCACCGAAUGGUCUCCCUGGACCAGAUCAACUGGGGAUUAGUUCUAUUUUUUAUUACAUUGUAUACUGUAACAAAUGAACUCUUUUCCCGUUUUGCUAAAGUUGAAAGUGUUUUUUUAGCCUAUUUGUUUAUCUAUUUUUUAAAACUGUAACUGCAUGUCCUGUACAGGUUCUAACUGUUUUCCUAUUUGAAGAUGGCAUACUAUGUGAUGUGCCGCAGCUGUUUUUAUGUUACUGUACAUUUUAAUUAUGGUGUUUUCUUGCAUGUCCUUGUGACAGCGAAAAAAAACAAUGAUUUAUGGAAAUGUUUACGUUUACGACAGCUUCUGCUGCUUUGCCUCACAUAGUGGAUAAGGCCGAUCCUAAGUGGAGGGACUGAUCAGAGGAACCUCAAUACAGUAAUGAAGCCCAGAGCCAUUGUUUAAUCCUUACACCCUAGUAAUGAAUGCAUAAUAUGGAAAUGAGAGAUACUACUAGGAUUUUUUUUUUUAAGUUUCAUGGUCAGUGUUUACUGUAUCUUUUUCACAAAAUCAAGUCAUUUUUCCACAGUU